AUGAUUCCACGUACCGAAGUCCUCAUUAUCGGGGCAGGUCCCACUGGCCUCGUCCUCGCCCUCUGGCUCACCCGCCAGAAUGUCAAGGUGCGCAUUAUCGACAGAAAAGAAGCCAAACCAUCUACGUCUCGGGCCUUGGUGAUCCACGCUCGUACACUCGAGUUAUAUCGUCAGUUAGGCCUCGCCGACGACGUGGUCGCCAACGGCCACAAAAUCGAAGCUACCAAUCUCUGGGCUGAAGGUGCCCACCGGGCCCAUAUCCCCAUCGGUAAUAUCGGCAAGGGAUUGACCCCGUACCCGUUUAUUCAUAUUUAUCCUCAGGACUUCCACGAGAGAUUACUGGAAGACCGCUUGAAUGCGAUGGGGGUAACUGUGCAACGGAACUGGGAACUGGUCAAUUUUGAGGAGCAUGACGAGUACCUCUUGGCCCAACUGAAGCACACAACCAAGCAACCAAACUCAACAAAAGACGAGAGAACAGAGUUCUGCGAAGCAACCUACAUCGUGGGCUGCGACGGCGCCCACUCCGCCGUCCGUCACACCAGCAACAUCGCCUUCGAAGGCGCAACGUACCCCCAGCUCUUCUACGUGACAGAUAUCGAGGGCAGCGGGCCGACGCUGAACGGUGAGGCACACGUCUCUCUCAACGGAUCCGAGUUCAUGUUAUCUCUGGCAUACGACCAAGACCGAAAGGCCCGUCUCUCGGGCGCAGUGGACGAAACACGCGUAACCAAAGAGCUUUCCGAACUCACGCUCGAUGACGUCGCACCAGCCACCAUCAAGAACAUGGGGCUGCAGAUUGACAAAGUCAACUGGUUCACCACUUACCGCGUACACCAUCGCGUGGCAGCCAGCUUCCGCCGGGGCCGCGCGUUCCUCGCAGGCGACGCAGCGCAUAUCCAUAGUCCUGUCGGCGGACAGGGUAUGAACACGGGCAUCGGUGACGCGAUCAAUCUCGCCUGGAAGAUCGCCGCGGUGGUGCAUGGUAAAGCUGACGCAUCGCUGCUGGACAGCUACGAUCCUGAACGCCGUGCGUUCGCGAGUAUCCUCGUCAACACUACCGACCGGGCGUUCACCAACCUCGUUGCCAAGGGCUACGUAGGAAAUUUUAUCCGAAACUGGGUCCUCCCGAACGUCAUGCCGAUCUUGACCCGGUUCGACAGGUUCCAACACCGGAUGUUUCGAGGCGUGUCGCAAAUCAUACUGAACUAUCACGACAGCGCUUUGUCAACGGGUACAGCAGGUUAUGUACAAGGCAGCGAUUGGAUCCUGUGGGCUCAAAAAACAACAACUUUAAUGCAGAACAAAUUUUUGAAAUUUCUUACAUAA